CGCCAAUGUCGAUGCCACCCUUGCACAACCCGCCUACGUGCCAUACUCGUUAAGAUGCCCCUCGGCAAGCUCUUUGGCGGACUGUUCAAGAAGAAGGACUCGACGGUCGCGGAACCUGCUGCCUUGCCGGUACCGGCACCCCGCGUCGUUGUGGCCGCUCCAUUACCCCCGCGGCCGGCGACCUCCAACAACCAUGCGGACGAGAAAUCCACGGCCGACGAUGGUGACCUGUCCCCACAGCCACCUGGCCUUGGGUUUUCUGGUGAGUACGAGUUCAUCAAAGAGCUUGGGAAGGGUGCAACGGCAGUCGUCAAGCUGUGCCGUCGGUUGCACCCGAACGCAGAGAAUCAAGCGGAGGACGAAUUCGACAACUUGGUGGCGUUGAAGGAGUUCAAAACGUCGCUCCUCAAGAAGAUCAAGGAAUUCAAACGCGAAGGACGGCGCAUGGUGGUGUCGACUGCCCUGGACAAAGUCCAAGUCGAGAUCGCCAUCAUGAAGAAGCUGUCGCACCCCAACUUGGUGUCGCUCGACGCCGUUCUUGACGACGGCAGCGAACUCCUCGUUCUUGUCUUGGAAUACGCUCCCUUUGGCCAAGUCAUGGUCUGGGACGGCGACGAACAGACUUACCGCCCCAUGCUCGAUCCCAAGAUAUUGAGUUACUUUCCCGCCGCUCCCGCACAUCCCGUGCAGUACGCGCCGAACGGUUUCCCCGAGCACCUCGCGCGCAUGUUCUUUCGCGAGCUCGUCGACGGGCUCGAAUACCUCCACACGAACAGCAUUUGCCACCGUGAUCUCAAGCCCGAGAACAUUCUCGUGGGCAAGCAUGGGGUGGUCAAGAUCGCCGACUUUGGUGUUGCCCACUUCUUCGACGACUCGACCAACGCUAACGCGCCCGUGGAUAACAAUGCGACCGAGGCGACUUCGAGCAAAGGCUUUGUGACCAACUCGGCUGGAACGUAUGCGUACAUGCCGCCCGAGUCGCUUGUGUCGGCGCCAUACAGCGCCUUUGUCGCCGACAUCUGGGCCCUCGGUGUCACGUUGUACGCGCUCCUGUUUGGCAAAUUGCCGUACUUUUCUUCCGACGUGACCGAGCUCUUUGACAUGAUUCAAACGGUGCCGGUCGUCGUACCGGAGGCGGCUUCCCCUGAGCUUCACGAGUUGCUCCUUGGAUUGCUCGAGAAGGACCCGACCAAGCGCUUCAAGUUUAACCAGAUCCGAGUGCAUCCGUGGGUUAUCCAAGACCUGGGCGCUGACGCCGUCGCAGCGUUCCAAUCCCGCAGCCACGACGCCGUCGAGAUCUCGGACCAUGACGUCGAGCAUGCAUUGACCAAGAUCUCGUCCGUGUCGACCAUCACGACCAUGAAACUCCGCGGCAAGAAAUGGGCGAUGAAGGCGCGCCAAAAGACCCUCGAGCGGAAUGCGUCCUCCACGAGCGUCCGCAGCGACACGAGCGACCCUCCCACCGAUAACAUUCAAGCGGCUUAGACAUCAUCAUUCCCCUAUUUUAAUGUGACACAUCGGAUUUGGUGCUGUUGUGGGUGGAGCCUCAACAAGUCGCCACCACGAGGUCGUGCG